AUGUCGGAUUCGGAGACUGAUUUAGCUUAUGAAGUUGAAGAUGAGAAGCGGUCAAGAUCUACCAGUAACAGACCCAACUAUGCAAUUGACACGGAGGAUUUAGAUAUCGAUGAAAAUGACGAGAAUGAAGACGAUGAUUACAGAGAAGAAGAAAUCAACGAGGGACCGCAUGAAGAAGAGGUUAGUGAUGAGGAGGAGCAUAUAAAUAGAAGUGGGAGGAAUAAAAGAAAGCGCACGGACGAAGAAGAGGAUCUACCAGAAGAGAAAGGUGUUUCUAGGCCGGGAGUCCGCUCCAGGUCUAAAAGACCGGUGUUCUCUGGUAUUGAUGAUUCUGAUGAGAGUUUGAACUCUUUGCCGGUAGUCAAUGAGGAAUAUGUCUUACCCGAUGAUUCUGAAGGUGAAACUAAGAUAACUGCGGAUGGUGAUCUGUUAGGAGGCAGGGAAUUUUUGGUGCGUACAUUCACGUUGACUGAAAAAGGCAGUCGUAAGUUCAUGUUAGCCACAGAACCAGCUAGGUUAGUAGGGUUUAGAGAUUCAUACCUAUUUUUUCAAACCCAUCCUAAUCUCUACAAAUUUAUUUUGAAUCAAACUCAAAAGAACGACCUAAUAGAUCGUGGUGUUUUGCCAUAUUCAUAUAGAAAUAGACAAAUUGCUCUCGUCACUGCUAGGGGUGUGUUUAAGGAAUUUGGCGCCAAAAUUAUUCGCGGCGGUAAGCAUAUAACCGAUGACUAUUAUGCUUCUGAAUUAAGAACUAAGGGAAAUGUGAUUGAAGGCAAACUUGCUGGAGACCCUGUUGACAAAUCUGCUAGAGCUUUGGAGAAUACAUUGUAUCCAGUUUCGGAAAAUGGUAUAAACCCAGCAAAGAAUCAAGUGGAAUUUUUUGAGCACAGACCUCAUGGACAUAUGAGUAAUUCCAAUAUCAUUGCAUCGGGCAGUAAAUUGAGCUCAACGAAUUGGCUAUAUCAACAUUCCGCAGCCUGUAGCAGAUUCAACAGUGAUCUAUUUUAUGAUAGAGUGAAAGUGCUCCUUGUAGACCGACAAGGCCUGAGAGAUGCAUACACGAACACACUACACAUACCACAAUCCACACAGUCAACUGCCGUUUUAGGAUGGAAAGGAUCAAAGAACGAUAAUCCUGGCGACACAAGCAUUACGUAUGAAACUGUUAUACACGAUAGUGAUUUAAAUAGACCGAAGACGGGACUGUGGGAAAUCCAGAAACAGAUUUAUGAAGACGUUGUUGAAGAAGAUGUCCUGAAGGCUAUCACUGAGCAACAAGACUUUGAAAAGUCCGAUAAAUAA